CGACCUCCAUAGAUAUAUCAUCAUUAUGAUAUACAUAGUUUUGGACGAAGUAAUUGUUUGAUUUCGGUCCUUGACUGUACUUGUACAAAAAAAGUCUGAGCUGCUUCUAUAGGGGCUUGAUGAAGACUCUGACUCAGGAACACCAAUAACAGAUGAUGUUUCUUUGUAGUGUCAAGGAAGAACCGAGCAGUCAGUUAUCACUCCAUCUUGGUCAGUGAUAAGUUAGAAUAUUCACUUUUUCCAUGUGCACCAGCAUGGUCGAAGCCCAAGCCCCUAAAUGAGCCGAAUUAGAGCAAGAUGCAGCGAGGACGAGGAGCAGGCUCGUGUCCUCAGUGCUUGUUCUCCGACAAAACCAACACCAGGCAAACACGAGACCAAGAGGUGCCGGCUGCCACUCAGAAUAUAAUUGACCACAGCAAAGUUGUAUUGAGGCUCACAACAAUUUAUCUUAAGAAGGAUCUUUGGGCCGUUUGCUCAGGGGAGAACACGCCAAAAAUGCACUUCAAGAUGAAUAAAUAUAUGUGAGGUCUAAUUGUAGCGAAAAAUGAUCAAGCAAUCAGUGCAAAUUUUUACUUAGACGUUCUUUAACCUACGACCUAGUGCAUCAGCAGCAUUAGCCUCCGACUAGUUGUACGGGGGGGUGUGAGUGUGAACCCGUAUUCUCGAUUACGAACUGAACGUCCUUCAAUCUAGUGCAUUAGCUAAAAAUGUAGUUCUUUUCAACGCUCUUCCGAAAAAUCAUGCGUGCUCUCCAACGCUUCGAGCCCUCGCCGCACAGAGAUCCUUAUUUUAGCAAAAAUGAAAGAAAUAUAUUUAAAUGAUCA